AUGGCUAUCACUUUGGUCCUCCUAGCAGUUAUGAAGCGACAGCGAGCGGCUCAUCCGAAUGCGAAAUACGUAGUGUGGUCCCGGAUCGAUCAGAAGAGCUGCUUGAAGGCUAUGCAACUUGCAGGGUUAGAGGUGGUCAGCGUUGAUCAGAAACAAUCAGACUCGGAGACAGAGCAAGGCCUUGUUACUGAUGUUGAUGCCACACGGGAAAAGGCAUGA